CACCCCAGAUAGUUAAAUUUACAAUUUUGUUCGUAGAAGAUAUACGUUUAUUAUGAGUGCAACACUGUACAGUUCCGGGUCGGCGGACUUCCCCCUGGACAGAGAGCCAGCGAGCCAGCGCGUCUGCAGCGGUGCGGUCAGCUUGGCCUGUGGUCGCGCAGUUGUGCCAUAUAGAUUGAUCAUUGUUUUUCCCCGCCCAUCCCGACCAGGUGGUCGCGGCGUUGACGGCAGUGUCCGCCGCCCCAGCCGCAGCCGCACCCCAAGGCCAGCAGGAGCUGCCGCCCGCCACCCUGUUCGCGCCGCCCCCGCCGCCGGAGGACUUGGAGAUCGGACCGCCGCCGCCGCCGCUGGAGCUCGAGGACAUCCAGCCCCCACCGCCCCCCAUCCAGCCGCCGCCGCCACCCCCGCCGCCUCCACCCCCACCACCCGCGACCUCGCACGUCGAGUUCGAACUCUCCCCGAGCCGGGAGGCGCAGGACGACCCGUUCGUGCCCGCCACCAUGGCCUUCAUCGCCUUCAGCCCCGCGCCCGCGGGCCCCGACGUGGAGCCGGCCCCCGCGCCUCGCAGCCUACCGUACGUGCCCUUUGCGGUGUACGGGCCGCCCGCCCCGGCCGUCCCUCCCCUCCUCCGUGCCCCCGCCAACCCGUCCCUCUCCCCGCAAGGUUUGGGGCUCACCCCUAACCAGGCGGGCAGGGGUCGGUCGCCUCCCCUCACCGCGUCUCUGCCAGCGAGUGUGACGAACCACUUGGAGGCGAACCAGGAGUACAACGAGAUCUCGUCGGAGUGGGGUGUGCCGUACGGCGCCCUGCUCAAGGCCCUCGAGCUGGAGCAGCGCCGUCUUCUGCAGCAGCAACGCCUGGUGCACCAGCAGCGGCAGCAGCAGCGCCGGCUAGCGGGUGUCAGCGAGGAGCCCCUCCAAGAGUUUAACGAGAUCUCGUCCGACUGGGGAGUACCGUACGGCGUCCUGCUCAAGGCCCUCGAGUCGGAGAAGCGACGUAUCACGAGGAACCGGCAGCAGCAGCAGCGACAACAGGCGGGCGUCGGCGAGGAGCCCCUGCAGGAGUUUAACGAGAUUUCGUCCGACUGGGGUGUGCCGUACGGCGCCCUGCUGAAGGCGCUCCAGCGCGAAGAGCAGCGCAUCCUUGGGAACCUGCGACAGCAGCGCCAACGGGCGAGUGUCGGCGGCGUCAUCGGCGAGGAGCCCCUUCAAGAGUUUAACGAAAUUUCGUCAGACUGGGGCGUACCAGCGAGUGCCUGGGCGCUGACGCUGCAGAAGCAGCGGGAGCUGCUUGCUAAGCAGUCAAACUUGUUGCGGCAACAGCAGCAGGUGCAACAGCCAGAGGAGCCUCUCCAGGAGUUCAACGAGAUCUCAUCCGACUGGGGCUUCCCUUCCAGUCUACUGGCGAAUGCGGCGCGUUCUGGUCUUGUGAACAUCAAUCAGCAACAGCGCACACCGGCUCAGUUUGCGCAGCAGGCAGUCAACUCCAAAGCAGGACUGCAGCCAGUGCGAAUUGCACCGCAGACGACCAAGUCCACAGGACUUCAGCCUGCGCAGAUUACUCAUCAGCCGGCGAUGUGGACGGGACCUCGGCAGCCUGUGCAGGCUGCGCGGCAGCCCGCGCAGUCCACGGGACCUCAGCAGAUCCAGGCCCGUAAAUCCACCACCCCCGCGCAGCCUCCGCGAGUCAAUCUAGACAUCAACGUUGAGGGACGCUUCGUCUACAGCCAUCUGGUGGACGGCUACCUGUUUACGGGCCCCCAUCGUGACUCUCCACUGAGUCUCGCAAACUCUCCGGCCGUCAAGCUACUGGGUGGAUCUUUCUCCUUCGUCAGUCCCGACGGCAUUCCGGUCAAUAUCAGGAAGAUUCGCUAUCACAACCCAUAGUUUCUCAUCCGACUCUAGUCCAGUCGCCCGAAAUUUAGGGGGCGAGAUGGGGUGCAUAGGUAAAAUUAAAAUGUUGAAUCUAACUUCUGUUGACUUCAUGGCCUCAAAUGGGCGGAGGAUGUAACUGAAAUGUGAUCAAAAACGAACGGUGAUACUACUUUAGAUUAAGCAGAACUUGAAAGUUUGUAGAAGUUUAAACGUAUGUGAUAAGCUUUGUAGUUAGUUAUAGGAACACUACCAUCAGUAAAAUACUUUUAAAAAAUAAUUGUUUUUGAAAUAGAAAUAGAAAUAAAAUUAAAAUUAAAUUAAAUUAAAAAUUCUUUACCUUCUUGCCCCCAUUACAAGAAAUAAUCUUACUUUGCAUGUGGAUUCAAAUAAGACAUGAAAAAAGGGCCCUAAAAGGGCAAAAGAGAGGUUUCAUUAGA